AUGCUUAGACAAAUUUUAAAUGGAUUAUCUGAUCUUCAUAAUGGUCCAAAUUCUAUUCUUCAUCGGGAUUUAAAGCCUUCUAAUGUUCUUCAAGACGUGAAAGGCAAAUUUAUGAUAGCUGACUUUGGCCUUAGUCGAAUAUUGAAAAGUAAAUCAACACAUCAAAGCAGUCCUGGUACAGGCAGUUAUGGUUGGUCCGCUCCUGAAUGCUUGGGUGAUGGUCGUUACAAGAAAGAGUCUGAUAUAAUGAGUUUAGGAAUGGUGGCUUAUUAUGUUGCAACAAAAGGGGAACAUGCUUUUGGAACUGAAGAGAAUAGAUUGAAAAACUUAAUAAAUGGAAACCCUGUUGGCUUAAAAAAAAUCGAUGAUGCUCAACUUGAAGAUCUUCUUUCAUGGAUGCUACAGUAUGAGCCUGAACUCAGGCCAUCAGCCAACGUGGCGUUAAAACAUCCUUAUCUACAAUCCAAUGAGGAAAAUUGGACUGUCCCACAGAAUGGAUGA